UUAAUUUAAGAGUAUUGUCUUAUAGUGUUUUUCUGCUUUAUAAGUGGUCACGUGACGUGUUAUGUUUGGGGUCUGUGAUCUUCUCAUUUUAUAACUGUACUGUGAAAGUUUUCCGUGCUCCACGUAUAAGCAGAUAUUUAAAUGGGUUUAGGUUCUAGUUCACAGGAAAACAUGGCCGACACUUGUUCUUCAGUGAAGCAGUUGGUUAAGGAGCUAAUAGAUUCUGAUGAUGUUGUUAUUUUCUCAAAGACUACAUGCCCCUUCUGCAUAGCGGCGAAGAAGGUGUUUGACGAUCUGCACCAAGUGUAUACAGCUGUUGAGUUAAAUAAGCGGGAUGAUGGUGACACCAUUCAGACAAUACUGGAACAGAUCACUGGAGCACGAACAGUACCCCGUGUUUUUGUUCGAGGAGAGUGCCUAGGAGGUUGCUCUGAUAUCAAAGAGCUUUAUGCAUCAGGAAAACUUGUAGAAAUUCUUAAAGCAAAAUGAAAUGUAUAUUGUUUAGGGCUGUAUACAUUACAUCUGUUCUGGGUCAUCAUCCUUUAUUCAUAUUCCAACUAAUGAUAAAUAUUUUGAUAUAUACAUUAUAAUAACAAAUAGAAUGGUGUAUGGAUUAUAAUAUUAUUAUGGAAUGUAAUUUUCUAUAAGUUGAUUAAUUUUUUCUUUCCAUUAUUUUAAAAUCACAGUUUAAUCUCAGGACAGAGGUGAACCACAAAUUCAUACUGGUAUGAAACAUUUAUUAAGUCUGUCGAAAGUGCUGGCAAAUUUCUGUAACCUAAACAAGCCAACUUCGUGUUAUGUUGGUCUUCUGAGUUGUGACACUUUGAAUUGCAACAUUUUGCUGAAACAUCCUGCCUCUGUGUUUAAUUAAUGAUUAUUGGUGAUCAACAAGGGGUUGUUGCCCCUAACAAAACAUUACAUAGGUACAUUGUACUUGGAAGAACUAGGCAGUGAUUGGAGGAUAAUAUUUCAAGAGGAUUUUCAGAAAAUAAAGUGGUAAAGUGUUGAGCUGUGGCUCAGGACUGAAGUUUUUGUGUGUGAAGUGAAUGGAAUAAGCAUUUUCAUGUGAUUUGUAAGCUUAUUCUUUUAUCACAAUUUUGUAUUUGGGUGAUGAGAUGUGAUUUAAAUAUUGUAAUAGAAAUUCUCUGUGGCCCUGUGUA